AUGAAAAAGGAAUCGUGAGUACUGUCCUCAUCGAGAACUAUCCGGGCGAACGUGUACAUCGGGGCAGAGGAUCCUGAGCGCCAUUCUGUUGCCUGCGCCCUCGUCCAGUCUGACCAUCAACGACACCGAAUCGAGCGAGCCGAUAUCACUGAGUCUUUCUCGAAACGACAUCCUGAGAAGGAUCGAAGAUGAUCGAGAAAGGGUGCGUCGAAUCCAACGACCUUGUUCUCCGCCUAACCUACGCUAACCAAACUUGCCAUCUCGGGCCCAAUUCAGCACAAACGCCUGCGCGAACGGAUCUGGGUCCUCCCCAUCCCGACCUCCCUCUUCAUCAUCCCGACCGCAACUUCCAACCCGACCUUGUCGAACCUCAGUUCGAUCAAACCUUCUCCGAUCUCACCCGCCAGUCCAUCCGAACCCCCGUCCUCGAGAAUCCACAAGACCAAUACUUCUUCCUCGACUUUGGCACCGUCGACUUCAGGAGCGGCUGUACAGAGAGGUCCCGAGGUGCCGAUCGAUUUGGAAUUCGAACAGACUUGGGCGAGGUUGAAUGAAGAGAGGCAGUUCGCCGAGUUGGAACGAAACGACCGCGAAGGGGAGGGUUCGAAUGGGCACGAGGAAGGGAAAGGUGAAGGGAGGGCGAGGAAAAAGAGAAAGGCUGAAGGGGAUCAGAUGAUGGAGGAAGAGAAUGGCACGUCGAAAUGGCCUUUCGAUGAGAGUGAACUGAGAGCGAUGAGGAUCGAGUAUGAACGAUGCUUUGCAUAG